AGAAACGUUUUCGCUUUGAUGCUUUAUUUGCAAGACCAUUUGGAAAAACUCAUGAUUUGGAUACCUUUGAAUUUCCUGAUUUGAAUGACGCAAAAGGAUGGGUUCGAUGUGCGAUUUUAGCUCGACGUGAUAAUAUCGAAUUAUCAAUGGCGACUCAUUGGUUUGCUAAUAAGCUAUUACCUUUUAGCACGACCAAAUUCGAUGAAAGUACUCUUACACCUGAAUUUCACGAGGCUUACAUCGAAUCUCUUUGGCGCGAUAAGCCAAAUAUAAAAGUUGAUUCAUCUAUGAAAUUUUAUCCAAAAGAUCUUGAUGAUUCAUCUAUGAAAUUUUAUCCAAAAGAUCUCGAUGAUUCAUCUAUGAAAUUUUAUCCAAAAGAUCAUGAUGAUUCAUCUGUAAAACCAAAAGAUCUUGAUGAUUCUUUUGUAAAAUUAAAAGAUCAUAAAGAUUCAUCCAUAAAAUUAAAAGAUAUUGAAGAAUCACCUUUAAAAUCAAAACAUCUUGGAGAAUCACUUACAAAAUUAAAAUAUAAUGAAGAUUCAUUUGCAAGAUUAAAACAUCAUGAAGGUUCAUUUGCAAAAUCAAAACAUCAUGAAGAAUCAUCUGCAAAAUUAAAACAUUAUGAAGGAUCACAUAUAAAAUCAAAGGGUCAUGAAGGUUCGCAUGUAAAAUCAUCAAAAUGUCAAGAAUCAUCGGAAAUUGAACAACCAUCUCCUCCGGAGCAAAUUGCAUCAUCUAAUCACAAAUCAGUAUCUGAAAAAGUAAUAACGGUCGAACAAGUAAUAUCACUCGAAAAAAUUUCAUCGGUCAAACCAAAAAUUAUACAUGAUGAUCUUAAUGACGAACAGAAUAUUCAGAUUAAACAAGAGCCAAAUGAUGACGCAGUGGUUAUCGACGAAAAAGAAAAAAUGGCUUUGCCGAAAAAGAUCAAACGACCCAGAAGAACAAAUCGAGAAACAUACGCAUAUUUAAACAUGUUGCCUAAACGACGUACAAGACAACAAUCACAAUCUGAAUGGAAUUUACCACAUGGUUUAUUACCUCAAAUCUCUCGACAAUCACUGCAGCCUAAACGUCGAAAAUCUGAAAAACCAAUAGAACGUGAAAAAACUGUAAUAACAAAACCAACAGAACCUGAAGAAACCGUAAUAACAAAACCAACCGAACCUGAAGUGACUCAAUCUCAAAAUCAAGUAACUCCAAUUGUAUCUUAUAAAAGAGGUCCAUAUAAACCAAGAAAAAUCGAUAUACAAAAUGCGUCCAUUAGGCGAUCCGCACGUCAAGCUAAUAGAAAAGAAAGAGUGGACGGUCAAAAUUUAAUGGUGAUUGAAGAAAGAGCAGUCAAUGAAUGUCCAACAAUGGAAGUAGUUCAACUAGUUGACCAAGAAUCUGAUGAUCAAGAAAUACCUUUAUUCUUGGCGGAAGAAGAUAUAAUGAUCAGUGACGGAUUUGAAAGCAGUAAAAAG